AUGACCACCGAAGCCGCCGCCCGGGUCUUCUUCUCGUCAAAGUUCUUCGCCGUCGUGGGCGCCAGCUCCAACCCCGCCAAGUUCGGCCAUAAGAUCUUCGCCUGGUACCUCGACCACGACAUCCCCGCCAUCCCCGUCAACCCGACCGCCGGCACCGUCAACGCCCUCGGCAAGGACCACCCGGCCAUCCCUAACCUCUCCGCCCUCCCCAGCCCCAAGGAGACGGCCGUCUCCGUCAUCACCCCGCCGCCCGCGACCCUCCAGGUGCUGCGCGAGGCCAAGAGCCUCGGCGUCCCCGCCGUCUGGCUACAGCCCGGCACCUUUGACGACGAGGUCCUCGCCUUCGCCCGCGCCGACGGCGCCUUCGAGGCCGUCGUCGCCGGCUUCGGCGGCGGCACCCGCGGCGGCGAGGGCUGGUGCGUCCUUGUCGACGGCGACAAGGCGCUCAACGCCGCCGGCAAGCUGUGA